AUGACAUUGCCAUCAUCAGAUUCUCUUUUGACAUCCACUAGUUCCCGGGUGCAGUCAACAUCUGGGAUUCAACGUAACCAAAACUUCAGCACAGGCACCGACGAUCAGCAUACGCGCCUGCGUACUUCGAAGUCAGGGAUGAUCUCUCCCCAUCAAGAGAUACCAGUUAUCCAAUCAAAGCAUACAAGACUGGCAUGUAAUAGAAACACAGGAACUAUGGAUGAUCCAAUCAAUCUAGGGCUUUCUGCCUACAGUGGCAUACCGUAUGUGGAAAUUAUCUCAAUCGAUGAAGAUGAAAUUAACGAGGUCUCCGAGGAAGCACGGACUGAAAUGGCUAGUCACUCAUCUUCAAAUUUCCUUGAGACAUUGAAGCCAGAUCCUGCAUUGAAAUGCGAGUAUCAGAAGUAUUUCGUCAACAAUGAUCUCGUAGGGUUUUUGGAGCGUUAUAUACCGGACACAAUGAACAAGUUUGAUGUUCGCAAAAUGAUCGUCGCUUUAGGGUAUCCUAAAGAAAGUAUAAAGAAUUAUGAACAUCUCACAGUGAGUGAUACUCUUGAAGUUUUGAUGGAUUUGAUGCGCACAGACGUGUUGCAUGAUGGGUCAAGCCAAGAAGGUAGGCGAAAAUCAGGUUUAGGCUCGAAAAGACUUCCUAAUUGGGAAAUCAUUACCCCGGGUAUUGUAGCAGAUGUAAAUCAUUAUACUCCGAUGUGGCAGACUCAGCAUCUGAAAUUAGUAGCAGAACAAUCUAGAGAAGUUUUACAAUAUUUCAAUUCAAAUUAUUAUUCAUCUGCAGAAAAUGAAGAACACGAAUGGCUUGAACAGCGAAAGAAAAGACUAAGGAAUAUAAAGGAGAGAUGUAAUUCUGGAAUUAGGUUAUGUGCCAGAUGUGGAAAGAAGAGGCCCAACAAUGAACCGUUAAAAACCAGAAUGCUUAAACUGUGCACAAAGUGUCGUCUCUCUGAUCGUCGAAGAAAUACCGAUAUCCGACGAUGCAUCGAGGAGAGUCGUAAUUCUGGAAUUAGGUUAUGUACCAAAUGUGGAAAGGAGAGACCAGACGAUGAGCCAGGGGAAGACAGAAAGUUGAAGCAGUGCACACAAUGUCGUCUUUAUGGUCAACAAUUGCAGCAAACAAAUAAGAGAAAUAUCCUAGAUCGCUUGAAUAGUGGUGUUAGAUUAUGUACCAACUGUGGAAAGGAGAGACCAGACGAUGAAGCAGAGGAAGCCAGAAAGUACAAAAUGUGUUCAAACUGUCGUCUGCAAAGGAGAGAAAAAUACUAUCAGAUCCGAAGAUUUUUAAAUGAAAGUUAUAAAAAUGGGAUUAGGUUCUGUACCAAAUGUGAAAAGCAGAGACCGGACGAUGAAGCAGAGGAAGACAGAAAGUUCAAGCUGUGCACACAAUGUCGUCUUUAUGGUCAACAAUUGCAGCAAACAAAUAAGAGAAAUAUCCUAGAUCGCUUGAAUAAUGGUGUUAGAUUAUGUACCAGCUGUGGAAAGGAGAGACCAGACGAUGAAGCAGAGGAAGCCAGAAAGUUCAAACGGUGUUCAAACUGUCGUCUGCAAAGUAGAGAAAGAUACCAUCAGAUCCGAAGAUUUUUAAAUGAAAGUUAUAAAAAUGGGAUUAGGUUAUGUAACAAAUGUGGAAAGCAGAGACCGGACGAUGAAGCAGAGGAAGACAGAAAGUUCAAAUACUGCUCAAGCUGUCGUCUCGAUUUGCGAAAUAGCACCAGGGCACGAAGAAAGAAUCGGAAUCGGGCUAUAUUACCUUCUCCCACCCCAGUUCAAAUGGUCAGCGCUAAUACUCGAGCCAGAACUCGGUCACGUACGGAUAGGGCAUCCAAUAGUUCCCAAGUCCAGUCAACAUCUGGGAUUCAACAUAACCAAAAUUUCGCCUUAGGCACCGACAAACGGCAAACGCGCCUGCAUACUUUGAAGUCAGGGAUGAUCUCUCCCCAUCAAGAAAUAGCUGAAAUACAAUUGAAGCAUGCAAGACUAGCAUGCAAUGGAAACACAGGAACUAUGGAUGAUCCAAACAAUCUAGGGCUUUCUGCCUACAGUGACAUACCGUAUGUGGAAAUUAUCUCAAGCGAUGAAGAUGAAAUUAACGAGGUCUCCGAGGAAGCACGGACUGAAAUGGCUAGUCACUCAUCUUCAAAUUUCCUUGAGACAUUGAAGCCAGAUCCUGCAUUGAAAUGCGAGUAUCAGAAGUAUUUCGUCAACAAUAAUCUCGUGGGGUUUUUGGAGCGUUAUAUACCGGACACAAUGAACAAGUUUGAUGUUUGCAAAAUAAUUGUCGCUUUGGGGUAUCCUAAGGAAAGUAUAAAGAAUUAUGAACAUCUUACGGUGAGUGAUACUCUUGAAGUUUUGAUCGAUUUGAUGCGCACAGACGUGUUGCAUGAUGGGGUCAAACCAAGAAGGUAG